CUUACGUCAGGAAUCAAAAGGCUCAUACCGCUUUACCUUGUGUAACCAUCGUCCGAGUUGUGGAACCUCGAAUCCUCGGGACUUCAUGAGAGUUAGAGUUCGGCUAAGACGUUGAGAUGGAGACUUCGAUACCGAGGCGACCGCAUCUCGAACUAUUCAAUCUCGACCCUGCAAUAACCAAAGAGGCCAGCUUUGCGUCGUUCCAGCAGUUCCCUGUAGAGGUACGUCUUCUCAUUUGGAAGCAUGCAUUACAGCGUCAUCGGAUGAUACACAUCAUUCUUGAGAAGGGAAAUCAACAGAGACAAGAAGAAGAUGGACACAAUGUCGACGGAAGGGAUACUCUCAUCAACAGCCUUGGUUGUCAAUUGUCUGGGUACCACUACAAGAUCAUCAUCGACACCCGACGGUCCCUGUUACCCGAUCUCAUGAGAGUGAACAGGGAAGCACGAGACGCCGUGUCAUCGUUCUACUCAUUACAGCUACCAUGCCGCCUUAGACGAGACAAACACACCGAAACAAUUUCCAUCAUCCGUCUGAACUUUGACUGGGACUACCUCCGAGUCUCUUACGGACAAUCCCACAACAUCUUCUUCGACUUCAUCCACGACCUGCGCGCCCACGACCCCAAAGGUCGCGGCCUCCAACACCUAGUCUUAGAAGGAUCCGACUUCCGUACAUCAGUCCACAACCCAUCGCCACCCAAGCGCACCUUCGCCGAAGGCCCCUCUCUAGGCGCAUUCAGAGCCACUGCCGGAAAGGAUCUCAAAAGCCUAUGGUUCAAGUGCACUCCGCGCGGCGCCCGCGCUCUCAAUGUGCUGGAUUGGAGGUGCGUCCACGUCUUCAACUACGGCGUCCCCGUGUUUCCGAACUUCACUUUUUUCGAUGCGCCGCUGCCGGAUCACAGGGCCGGCAUAGCGCGGGAUCUGGAAAAGAUUGGCGGGAGCGUGUAUGAUCCGAGGGAGGGGCCCCUCGGCUGGCGGAAGCUUCUUCGUGAUGCCGGCGUACGGCCUGAGGACAUGACGAACAAGGGCCAGGACCGAAAUCUGGACGUCCGCAUCAUGUACGCCUCCAGUGAGGAGGAUUCCAUUCGCACCCGCGAGGAUGCGGCGAGGGUCCUCCAUGAAGAGGACUUUCGGUGGCUUGAGCUGCAGUGGUGGUUCCACGGGUGGGACACGCCCGCUACCGGAGGACGUGCCGGCGGUGAGAGACCGGCGGGAUGUUUCUCGACGGCGUCGGGGUUGCAGGCUAAGCGGCCCGACUUUGAUGGACCCGAGGUGUUGGCUGCGGCGCCGAGACCGGCCCUUGGGUUUUGGUUGUUUCCUGUCGAGGCGUUUGGGGAGAUCCCAGGGGUGGAGGAGGAGGCGAGCAGCUGGUUGAAGGUGAAGUGGGUAUGGGACCUGAGUCCGCAUCACCCUGAACUUGCGCUGACAGAUGUAUGUUGAUGCUGGAUCUUGGCGACUGAUUCAGGGUCGUUUUGGUGUAUUGAGUAUUUGAGAUGACUGAGAAUAAGAGAUGUCAAGACACUCAUUCGUUAUGAGUGACUCUAUACAGUCGCUCAUUGCUUGUGGAUUCCAACUCAACCAUACUUUACUUGCCAAACAAGGCGUUGAAGAAGAUGUCGACGAGGUCGCUGAAAACGGAAUCGACGAAUGUAUCGGUGAAGACAUCAAGGAGAUAAUCGACGUAAGACAUGAUGUAAAGACGUAUAGCCACAGCCUGUAGUGGUUCUUGACCUUGACAAAAGAAAUGAGGUAACGAAGAUGUGAUGUGUGUAUGAGUAGGUAUUAGAAUGUAGCAUAACUCAGUGACUCGAGGCGGCGGCAUUAUGUUUUUUUUGACAGCAACGGGGCAUCUCCG